GCCAAUAUCAAAGGUCUUGCUGAGAACGGCCUCGGCAUUUUGGAUGCUGAAGGGGCCGGAAGAGAGCUCAUGUCCUGCUUGGAGGCAGCUGGGAUGGAGCCCAACGAGGAGAGCAGGCAGAGGUGGCGAGAGUUCUGCUAUACAAAUGGCUUGCAACCGUACUGCUCCGCUGUUGUUAUGGAAGAGGAAGCCCUCAAGUAUACUGACAAGGAUUCGAGGUCGCUUCCACUGAUUCUCUCAGACCAGGGCGUCGUUCCGGCGAUGCGAGUCGAUCAGGGGUUCGUGCCGUUGAACAGCUUUGGAGAAAAGGGCACCGAAGGGAUCGUGCUUCUGAAAGAACGUUGCGAGGACUACUACAAAUCAGGAGUCCGCAUUGCUAAGUGGCGCACGCAACUGGAGUGCAACCUCGAGAUGCCGACAGACGUGGCAGUCUGGGAAAACUCGGACUGCGUUGCUCGUGCAGCACGCAUCUGUCAGGCUAAUGGCUUGGCGUUCAUUGCGGAGAUUCAGACAUCGCAGAACACAGGGAGCCACUCGAUAGAGAGAACGGCCUAUGUCUGUGAAAAGGUCUCCGGAAGAAGUGCCGCCACCACGCGCUUCAGUUCGCACCGCUGGACUCAGUCAGCUGCUGGAACUCCGCCGGAAAUGCCCGACAACCUCCGAAAAAUCAUGGACGAGUAUGAGCGGCGACGAGCCCAAGAAGACGCCAAGCAGUCUGGCAUCUGGGGGAUCCUGAACUCCAGCACUGGGGCCUUGAUGGGUGCCACCUGUGCAGGUGGCAUCCUUUGGCUGUUUUACUGCCUCGACGAUGUGUCCAGCUCCCCGCAGGGAUUGUGGGCGAUUCUUUUCAGGAAGCUUGGAGAGGAAGGGGCAAGUAGAGCUCUGGUGAAAGCAGCAUCCUGGAGAUUGCUGCCCAGGGACCUGGACAAGGACGACCCCUACCUGGUAAUUGAGCCGCACGAGGGGCUGAAGUUCUACACACCUGUUGGCCUUGGUCCUGGCAUUGACACUCUGGCGCAGGGCGUACCUGCCUUUCUUGACUUGGGCUUCGGAUUUGUGGAGGUCGGUCCAGUCGGUGCGGGCGGGGCGAAAGCAGAGACGGUGCUGCGAAACCUCGAACGUCGAGACGCCAGUCAUCAGAUUGCGCAGUUUGGACUGGUGGGUGCUUCUGUGGGAGGCAGCCAAGAGGACCCUUGCUUGAGAAGGGAGUUUCAGGGAGCGCCGGGCUUGGUGUCCGCUGUUCAGGAGCUGUUCUCAAUUCUGUCUUCACUGGGCCCCCAUCUCCAGCUCUUCGUCGUGGACCUGGCAUCUAUACCCGCAGGGCAGAGAGGUGAGGUGGCGAAGAUCGCGAAAGAGCUGGUGCUCAAAGCGAUGCAGCUGCCAGGGGGUGGGCCCCGCAUCUUCCUGAGGCUUCCUGCGAGCUGGCCAGAUGCCUCUGCAAGCCGAGAGGCACAUCCUGGACAGAACUUUUGGCAGCUCUGCAAAGUGCUUUCUUGGGAGGAGCAGCGCCGUGCAGCAGGCUCGCAGGAAUCCGCAGCAAAUCAGCCACACCAGCCAUGCAAUCCAUGGAAUGACUGCGCGACUCGCAUCUUGCAGCGCUUUAGAUGUUGGCAAAAGGUGGAAACCCCUCUUUCUUGCUGUGCCAUGCUGCUGGGUCUGGUGCGAUCUGCUCGACAGAAGUGUCUUUUGGGAGAGCCACGCCAGCGAAGCAUCAGGACCGCGAGAGCUUACUUGCCCUGCCUGGCAUUGGCUACACUCGCAGCUGCUCCGUUGGCUUUGUCUCCGGCUUUCGUCGGCGAGAAGGAUGUGAAGUGGGCUCGAGGCGGCCAGCUGCGGUGCUUGGCCUGUGAGGAAGGCCACGCCACAUCUCCAGGCAGCUUGCGCAUCAACUUCUGCGGCCGUCCUGCAAAAGGCUACACACCAGUCUUCUACGAUGAUCCCGGCACGAACACCGCGUCUGUAAAUGCUGGUGACUACAAUUUGUAUGUUGGGGGUGGCGCUAUCAACCUUGUCUUCUUAAAGGAGCUGGGUCUUCCCCGAUCGAACACGUACCAAGACUUGCACAAGGCGAUGUUGAAGGCCGCUUCCAGCACACCUGGCCAGCUGGUUGCCAGCUCGGCGCUGCCAGGUGAGGAAGUUGACGCUUUUCUGGCGGAGCUGGGCCUGAUGGCGUCCUUCGCUCGCGUACCCGCUGUCAACGGCCCCGAUGCUGUCGUUGGAGCAGCAUUUCUGGAUGUUUUGGGACCUGAGCAUCGCCCACGCAGCAUAAAGAACGUGGCGAUGCUGUACGUGGUGGGCCCGAAAGGUGGGUCCGAGCUACAGGGGGACAAGGCCCCACGGUGGACUCCAAUGCGGCAUUCCUGCAGAGCGUUGAAGAGAUGGCUGCCAACGCGCUGCUGGCAGUGGCGGAAUAUAAUUCACUUCUCUCCUUCGGAGGAGACGCUGCCCAGAAUCCAAGAAGUUCAGUUCUGUUUGGUAUCUGGUGGCGUCUACAUGCACCCGGAGAGUUCCAAGCUCGACGUGGCAACGGCCAUUGUCAGAGGUUUGCGACGGGGUGCCGACGCGAAAGCGGCUCCCACAGUGACUUUUGCGAAGAUUGAUUUCGUCCCUGACAGUCCGACCUGGCAUUGCGUUUCAGGUCAAACCGGGGUAGCAUUAUGA